AUGGCGGAGACAACCAAAGAUGCUGCGGCGUUCCCACUGGUCGCGGUGGCCGUCGACAAGGACAAGAGCAGUCAAGCGGCUCUGAAGUGGGCUCUCGACAAUGUUGUCACCAAGAACCAGAUCCUCAUCCUCAUCCACGUGAACACCAAGGCUUCACCGGGGAAUCAAGAGGACGCGGCGGCUGCAGUCCAUGAACUACUUGUUCCCUUCCGAUGCUUCUGCCAGAGAAAAGAUGUUAACUGCGUGGAUAUCGUACUGGACGACACCGACGUAACGAGGGCAGUCGUGGACUUCGUCGCACAGGCUGCAAUCGAGAAGCUGGUGGUGGGAGCUUCCAGAAGCGGAUUUAUCAGAUCGUUUAGAGGCGCAGACAUCAGCACCGGCAUCUCUAAAAGCGUGCCUGAUUUCUGUACCACGUACAUCGUCACGAAAGGGAAGCUCUCCACUACGAGAAACGCUAUCCGUGCGGCACCCACCGUUUCGCCUCUGCGGGCUAAACUCCAAAACCAGGCGAAUCGACGAGCAUCUAAUUCCACGGAUCAUCGGCACGGUUUGCAGAGCGCAAAAGGUGAUGCUGCAUUUGGGACUCACAAACUACGUAAACAGACACAGACAAUCGAGUCGCCAAUUAACAGGAAAACACGCCUCGGGACCGCAAUAUUUAGCGGAGACAGCGACGCGUCGUUUGCGAGUAGCAGCAGAACGAGCACCGAUCGAUCCUUAGCUCAGAGGUUCUCCUACAUGUCAGAUGGCACCGAUCGCAGCUCUGAGUCGGUGCAGUCGCCAACCAAGUCCUUCGGUGCUUAUUCAUAUGGGACCGGCUUCUCUUCUCUGUCUCACGACAGCUCGUCAUCCGAGGCUUCGGUACGUGAUUACGUGGAAGCAGAGAUGAAUAGGCUGAGAUUAGAACUCCAGCAGACAAUGGAUAUGUACAGCUCGGCCUGUAAAGAAGCCAUCGUAGCUAAACAGAAGGCAAUGGAGCUUCAUCUUUGGAACAUGGGGGAACAGCAGAGACUGGAAGAAGCUCGAGUAGCAGAAGAAGCUGCCUUCGCUAUGGUGGGGAAGCAGAAGGCAAAGUGUAAGGCUGCACUGGAGGCAGCCGAGGUCGCCAAACUGAUUGCGGAUUCGGAAACACGGAAGAGAAGAGAUGCAGAGAUGAAGUUGGUCGGAGGUUAUGAGGAGGAUGAGGCCUUGGAUUCUUGCUCUGCAGCCGACCUGAGAUACAGAAAAUACACGAUAGAUGAGAUAGAAGCAGCCACAGAUCGCUUUGCCAAGAACCGGAAGAUCGGAGAAGGUGGGUAUGGUCCCGUCUUUAGAUGCUAUCUCGAUCACACGGAAGUCGCCGUCAAGGUACUGCGACCAGACGCAGCCCAGGGGAGGUCACAGUUUCAGCAAGAGGUGGAAAUAUUGAGCUGCAUUCGACAUCCGAACAUGGUCCUCCUCCUAGGCGCUUGCCCAGAGUAUGGUUGCCUUGUGUACGAGUACAUGGCGAACGGGAGCUUGGAGGACCGCUUGUUCCGGCGGGGGAACACGCCGCCCAUGCCCUGGCAGUACCGGUUCCGCAUUGCUGCGGAGAUCGGCACAGGCCUGCUCUUCCUCCACCAAACCAAGCCAGAGCCACUGGUUCACAGAGACCUUAAGCCUGCGAACAUCCUCCUCGACCAAAACUACGUGAGCAAGAUCAGCGACGUCGGCCUGGCCCGCCUGGUUCCUCCGUCGGUGGCAGACAGUGUCACGCAGUAUCGUAUGACCUCCGCGGCCGGAACGUUCUGCUACAUCGACCCCGAGUACCAGCAGACUGGCAUGCUGGGCACCAAGUCUGACGUAUACUCCCUCGGAGUGCUGCUGCUGCAGCUGAUUACCGGAAGGCCGCCCAUGGGGCUGACCCAUCACGUCGAGCGUUCGAUCGAGAGGGGAACAUUUGCAGAAAUGUUGGACCCCUCGGUCCGGGAUUGGCCAGUCGAGGAAGCUUUGAGCUUGGCGAAGGUAGCACUCAGGUGCGUGGAGCUAAGACGAAGGGAUCGGCCAGAUCUCGCGACUAUCGUAUUGCCAGAGCUUAACAGGUUGAGAGCUAUUGGUGUAGACAAUAUGCGCCCGUUUGAGCUCGACAACAGCAUCCUCUCCUCACCGGUACACAGUGAAGUUUCCGUGCAGGACUUGAGGAGCGGCCCUUUACAUCUGCAGUCAGGAUAUGAGAGUCCAAGAAGCCAACGCGGUGAAUUAUCCAUCUUUGGAAGACGAUGAAGCUCCUCUUGGGAUUUGGUAAUGUCACUUUUGCCUUUGGUUGUUGAAGGCAGCUUCUGAGGAUCGAUUGAUUAGCAAUUUCCAGUGUUGAUUAGCGAUGGAUUCCUUCAUGUGGAGCGCCCAUCGACUAUGUUUCGAUGCCAACGAACUAAAAUGUGAAGCCUUGCAGAACAAGACCUUUGCAGUGUGGCAACAAGUUGUAAUAUACUGCUUAUGCUUCGUGACAACAGCA